GCAAAUGAAGGGGACGCCUACCCACUGGGGGCUCUGCCUGUGGGCACGCUGAUCUGCAACCUGGAGAGCCACCCUGGGAAGGGAGCACAGUACAUCCGGGCAGCUGGGACUUGUGGGGUGCUGCUGAGGAAAGUGAAUGGGACGGCCAUCGUGCAGCUGCCCUCCAAGAGGCAUAUGCAGGUGCUGGAGACCUGCGUGGCCACAGUGGGCCGUGUGUCCAAUGUUGACCACAACAAGCGGGUAAUCGGGAAGGCGGGACGGAACCGCUGGCUGGGCAAGCGGCCACACACAGGCUUGUGGCAUCGCAAAGGUGGCUGGGCUGGGCUCCCGCCCAUGAAGAGCUACGUCAACCUGCCGCGGGUUGCAGCACAGGAGUGA